AUGGACAAGGAUUAGGAAACUAAAAAGUUGCACCAAUAAUGCUAAUUAUAAAAUUUAUAAUGUUAUACUUAAACUGAUGCAAAAUUGGAAGAAAUUGAUUCAUUUUGGAACUAUAAUCUAAAGUAGAGUAGCUCUGUUAAUAUAGAGGAUUUAUUCUAAAUCUAAAUAGAGGACAAUAGUACUCUAGAAUAAAUAGCUUCAAAGAUGAAAUAAUUCUUAAAACCACAAAUUGAAAAUGUAAAAUUUAACUUUAUGAUUAGUUUUUAAAAGUUAAUCGUAGAAAUGUUAAACUAAUUAAAUAUCCUAAAGUUUAAUGGAAUUCUGAUUUGAGUAUUUAAAAAAAAGGAGUCAAUUUAUUAUCCUUUUCUGAUUUAUAGGCUGGAUAUCGAACAAAUGAAAAUUAAGUUAUUAUUCACAAUAUUGCGCCAUAAUUAAUACAUUAAUAUACAAAUUAUUUAAAAAUAGAUCAAAAUAUAAAAGUAUAAAUGUGUAUCUAAAAUAGAGAUAAGAAACACAAGAUCUAAAUUUUAAAUAUAAUUUUACUUCAGAAUUAAGAGAAAAAUAUAAACUUGACAUUCUUAAAGUGAAUAAAGAAUUAUGGAGAUCUUAAGAUGGUAUUAAUGAAAUGAUAAUGCUUAAUAAGAAAUAUGCACUUAAUCAAAUGGACUUUAGUAAGAUUAUUUUAAUUAAAUUCUAGUUUAAAUAUAUUCUUAAUAUUUAUAUAUAAUUGAAAAAGAAAAUAUAUCAAAAUUAUCUUUUGAUGAAAUAUCUAAAUACUUAUAAAAAUAAAUAAUUAAAAAGAAUGUAAAUAUAGAAAUAAAUUUAAAUUCAUUAAUACAAAUCUAUUUACAAUUAUAAAACAAAUAGUUUUCAAUAGUAAAAUAAACUAUAUUUUAAAAAAUAAAUCUUAUUUAACAAUUUGAUUUAACUGCAAUUUAGAAUCUAUCAUUUAAAUCAUAUAGAACAAAUUAAUAUCUAUUAGAAGAUUUAGCAUUUAUUUGUAAUUCAUGUUCAUAAUACAGAAAUAAAUGUAAAUGCACAUUUAUUAAUAAAUUGGCAUAAAUAAGAAACCUCUUAGAAUUUUGUAGUAUUUUAAAUUAUAAAAGAGAUAAAAAGAAAUUAUCUUGGUAUUAUUAUAUUUUAAAAGCUAAUCACUAAAAUAAUUGUGGUGAAAAAUGUUAUAAAAAUAAUAAUAAUUUUGAAUAAUUAAAAAAGAAACCUGAUAAUAGUUCAUUUAGUGAAGAAUAUUAAUCUAUAAUAAUUGAUAGAGAUCCAUGUUUAUUAGCUUAAAUUUAUAAUAAAGAUUGUUUGUCAAUAUUUUUAUAAGCAAGAUAACGUUGCGAUGAAAUUAAAAGAUAAUAUUUAUAAUCAAUAAAAUAAAUACAAGAAAAUCAAGAUAAAGCAGCUUUAAUUAAUUAUCCAUUUAAUAAUGCAAAUUUAUAUAUUCCAUGUUGUCAUAAAUAGGAUUACAAAUGUGAAAAUUGUAAUUGUGAUUAAUUUUGUUCAAAAUAUUGUGAUUGUUAGUAGGAUUGGUGUUCAAAAAAAUUAAAAGGAUGUACUUGCAAAGAUAGAUGUUCUAUUGAUAGUAAAUGUUCUUGUAGAAUUGACAAUGUUGAAUGUGAUCCUUUAUUAUGCAAUUGUUGUAGUUUUUCUUCAAAUUUUAUUUGUUCGAACAUCCAGAUUUUAAUUAACAAUGUAUAACCUACUUUAUUAGGAAGAUCAGGAGUUUGUAAUGGACUUGGAGUAUUCGCAAGAAAUUAUAUAAUGAAGGAUGAAUUAAUAAUUUUAUAUAUAGGAGAAGUACUUAUUGAUGAUGAAGAUGAAAUUCGAGAUUAAUUUGAUGAUACAUUUACAUUUUAUAAUUAUUAACUAAAUGAAGAUAAAUAUACAUUAGAAAGUAGAUUCUGUGGAAAUGAAAGUAGAUUUAUUAAUCAUAAUAGUAAAGAUUUAAUGAAUUGUAAAACUAGACAGAUAUUUUCUUCAGGUAUUUUAAUAAUUUCAUUUUAGGAAAAUUUCAAUUAGCAAUUUAUGCUCUUAAAGAUAUUUAACCAGAAUAAGAGAUACUAUUGAAUUAUAAUGAAGGGGAUCAAAUUAAUAAAGAUUUAAAUAAUUGGGUUGAUAUCAACUCUUAGUAUUGGGAAUAUAAGUAAACUACUUUAAUCGGUUUAAAAUGA